AUUAAAGCACUAAUAAAUUCUUUCCAAUUUCUUCGUCUUCAAGCUCCAAGUACCCAUUGUUUCUCAACACUUAAUUUCUGAACCCUCCAUCUGGGACUCCAAUUCUUCAUAAUUCCUUUUUUUUUAUUAUUAUUUUUAGAAUUGAAUGAAAUUAUUUUUGUUGACUGUUGCUUCAGGGGUGUCUUAAUUAAUGUACUGCUACAGGAAUCUGUUUGAUGGCGCAAUUUAAGGGAAGACAUUAAAAAGAAUUUGAUAUUGGUAUUAGCUAGCAAGAUGCUUACGUGCAUAGCUCGUUCAAAGCAACCGACCGAUGAUUCGCUUGAUCCGAAUGCUGCUCCGCCCAAUAAACAAGCCGUUAGAACACUCACUUCUCAGAUUAAGGACAUGGCAUUGAAAGCAUCUGGAGCAUACAAGCAGUGUAGUCCGACGUGUGCGACUCAACCGUCGACUCUACGUAAGAACGGAAGCCAGAACGACUCAGACUCGUUGGAUAAAUUCCGUUGGUCUUACAAGAGAACAGGGAGUUCCAGUUCCAGCUCCACGGCUGGAAGGAAGGAGCUGGAGGCCAGGCUCAAGGGGAUAUCGAGCGGGGAAGUUACGCCAGUAUCGGCGUCAGCGAGUGGACGCCGAGCUGAACCGGUCGUGUUCGUUGAAGAAAGCGAGCCGAAAGAGUGGGUGGCUCAGGUCGAACCGGGUGUUCUCAUCACUUUCGUUUCCUUACCACGCGGCGGCAAUGAUCUCAAGCGGAUUCGAUUCAGUCGAGAAAUGUUUAAUAAAUACCAAGCUCAAAGGUGGUGGUCAGAGAAUUGUGAGAAAGUAAUGGAGCUUUAUAAUGUCCAAAGGUUGAAUCGCCAAGCUUUUCCCCUGCCAACACCUCCAAGAUCCGAAGACGAGAGUUCAAAAAUGGAAUCGAUUGAAGACAGUCCUGUGACACCCCCGCUGAGUAAAGAACGACUACCCCGUACUUUGUUCCGUCCAAUGUAUUCAUCUUCAGAUUCUCUUGAACUACACUCGACCCAUUCUCGCUAUAAUUAUGACUCUUGCGGUGUCUCCUCAACUCCAAAACUCUCAAGCAUCAGUGGAACAAAGACAGAGAUAUCAUCAAUGGAUGCCUCUAUGAGGACAAGCACAUCAAGAGAUGCAGAUCGCUCUGGAGAGCUAUCCAUCAGCAAUGCCAGUGAUAUUCUUGAAACUGAAUGGGUUGAGCAAGAUGAGCCUGGGGUUUACAUCACUAUACGAGCCCUACCAGAUGGCAGAAGAGAACUCAAACGUGUCAGAUUCAGCCGAGAAAAAUUUGGAGAAGUGCAUGCCAGGUUAUGGUGGGAAGAGAAUCGUGCUAGGAUACACAAACAAUAUCUUGGAUGAGACCGCUUAUUGCAAAUAUUGCUACAUUUCCUCUUGUUUGCCAAUUAAGGAGGUGUUGCACUUCUUUUCCAAUGCUCAUAGUAUUCAUUAUAUAUGUGGAGCCAGAGAUUAGUAUAAGAGAUCACAAUAUACAAAGAAGAAUCUAAGCUUUGUUACCUUAGUGAACAACCACCUAGGUUGUUCACAUGCUUCUUUCUUUCUUUGUUUUUGUUUAAUUAAUUUCCUUCGUCUAAAUUAUGUUCAGUAAAAGGGUGGUGGGGGUGAAGAAACGAAAAUCUUUCUUUGGGUAUAAGAUUUUAAGGGUUGAGAAUUUUGAUGUUGAUAUAUUCCAAAAAGAAGGAAGAGAUUUUGAUGUUGGGUAUGCAAAAAUGUUAAUAAUCAAGGGGAAAGUCUCUUCUCUGUUUGCAA